AUGAUUUCCAGGAAGGUGGUGGGAUCUCUUGUUUGCCUGUUUAUUGUUCCUGCAUUUAUCUGGUUUAUAGCUGGGAGUGGAAAAGUGCACUACCUCCCAUAUUAUCUUCCUUGCCCUGAAAUCUUCUCCCUGAAACUCCAAUUUACAGAAGAGAAGCUAAUCCAGCUUUUCCCCCAGUUAUUUUAUCAGCAGCCAAGAGUGCUGGCUCCAAAGCGUCAGGAUGUGCUGACGGUCACACCAUGGCUGGCCCCCAUCGUCUGGGAAGGAACCUUCAGUGCUGAGAUCCUAGACAGUGCCUACAGGCCACUCAAUCUCACCAUAGGGGUCACAGCCUUUGCUGUUGGGAAAUACACGAGGUUUGUGGGACGCUUCUUGGAGUCAGCAGAGAGAUAUUUCAUGAAGGGCUAUCGAGUGAACUACUAUAUCUUCACUGACAACCCUGAGACUAUCCCUGCUGUUCAGCUGCAGCCUGGACGGAGGCUUGUCACUGUCCCCAUCAGGAAGUACAGCAGCUGGCAGGAGAUCUCCAUGCGCAGGAUGGAGGCCAUAAACAAGCAUAUAGCAGAGAGGAGCCAUCAGGAGGUGGACUACCUCUUCUGCCUGGACAUUGACAUGGUGUUCUACAACGUCUGGGGGCCUGAGACCCUGGGUGACCUAGUAGCAGCCAUACACCCUGGGUAUUUCAACGUCCCUCGAAGACAGUUCCCUUAUGAGAGGAGGAGCUCUUCAGCAGCCUACAUCCCUGAUGGAGAAGGGGAUUUCUACUAUGGAGGAGCUGUGUUUGGAGGGCUGGUCAAGAAAGUCUAUGAGUUCACCAAGACUUGCCACAUGACCAUCCUGACGGACAAAGCCAACGGGAUCAUGGCAGCCUGGCAGGAAGAAAGUCACCUCAACAGGCACUUCCUCUCCCACAAACCCUCCAAGGUGCUUUCUCCAGAGUAUUUAUGGGAUGACAGGAAGCCAAAGCCCCCUGAAAUUCACCUCAUACGUUUUUCCACAGUGGAUAAGAACUACAAAGAGAUACGAGAUUGACCAGCUGAUCCCUGCAGAGAUG